CCUAGCGCUCGGAACAACAAGCCGCAUUCCAGUCGCGCCACGGAACGGGAUAUAUCUCGAGUUUUUUUUUAUUUAACUAUGAGUAGGACAUGCAAUGCAAGGAUCAAUCGAACGUGACCCCUGAAUGCAGAAUUGAGGUGGAUGUUAAAGUGGAGGACUGUUUUGAGAGAAGGAAAGGAAACAUUGGAACAUUAAAGGCUGUUUUGCCUCCCUUUCUUGUUUGUUGAAUUAAUUGAUUGCAGUCCCCGACUGAAGACAAAUAACGUGGACCAACACAGCCUUGUUGGUCCAGUGCAAUUAUGUGGCCUCCACAGGGGCCGCAUUGCACUAUUCGCCCAGAAACGGUAGUGCUCCUUGGGUUGCUGACUAUCUCUAUAUCACCUCACCUUUCUGAAGGAGCUCCAGAGCCUUUCAAGUCCUUCUCGCCACCGGACUGGGGUCUGACACAUUUAGCCAUCCAUAACAAGACAGGAGAUGUGUAUGUUGGUGCAGUAAACUGGAUCUACAAGUUCUCUAGCAACUUGACCAAGUUGAGGAGUCAUAUGACAGGUCCAGUGGUGGACAACGAGAAAUGCUAUCCACCUCCAAGUGUACAGUUAUGCUCCCAUGACCUUGCCCCAAACAGCAAUGUGAACAAGCUGCUGCUAAUAGACUAUCCCCAAAACCGUCUCAUUGCUUGCGGAAGCACCUCGCAAGGCAUUUGCCAGUUUCUGCGGCUGGAUGAUCUAUUUAAGCUUGGUGAACCACACCACCGUAAGGAGCACUAUCUCUCCAGCGUCAUUGAGUCUGGAACCAUGUCUGGGGUCAUCAUCUCGGAGGGUCAUUCCAGCAAGCUUUUCAUCGGAACACCCAUCGAUGGAAAAUCAGAGUACUUUCCAACCCUUUCCAGCCGUAAAUUGAUGGCCAAUGAGGAGGAUGCGGACAUGUUCAGCUUUGUCCACCAGGACGAGUUUGUCUCUUCACAGCUCAAGAUUCCCUCGGAUACAUUGUCCAAAUUCCCAGCAUUUGACAUCUACUACAUGUACAGCUUUAACAGUGAACAGUUUGUCUACUACUUGACUUUGCAGCUGGAUACCCAACUAACUUCUCCUGAUGCUAGCGGAGAACAGUUCUUCACCUCUAAGAUUGUCAGACUUUGUAUUGAUGAUCCCAGGUUCUACUCCUACGUGGAAUUCCCUAUUGGAUGCACCAAGGAUGGAGUGGAAUAUCGACUAAUCCAGGAUGCCUUCUUGAGCAAACCUGGAAGGCAACUUGCAAACUCUCUGGGAGUGUCCGAGCAGGAGGACAUAUUGUUUACGGUCUUCUCUCAAGGCCAGAAGAACCGGGCCAAGCCUCCUAAAGAGUCGGCACUUUGCCUGUUUACACUAACAAGAAUCAAGGAAAAAAUCAAGGAAAGGAUUCAGUCAUGCUAUAGAGGAGAGGGCAGGCUGUCCUUGCCUUGGCUACUCAACAAGGAGCUACCAUGCAUCAACUCGCCUCUCCAGAUCGACGAUAAUUUCUGCGGUCAGGAUUUUAACCAGCCUCUAGGGGGCACCAGCACUAUCGAGGGCAUUCCGCUCUUCAUAGACAAAGAUGACGGAAUUACUUCGGUAGCUGCAUAUGAUUACCGUGGCAACACUGUGGUUUUCGCAGGAACUCGUAAUGGCCGAAUGAAGAAGAUUCUGAUUAAUUCAGUGAGUCCUUCCAGACCUGCGCUGCUGUACGAGAGCGUUACUGUGAGCGAGGGCGGCCCGGUUCUACGAGACAUGCUCUUCAGCCCCAACCUAAAGUUCAUAUACACACUGACCGAUAAACAGGUGACACGUGUGCCGGUGGAGAGCUGUUCUCAGUACACAACAUGUUCUGAGUGUUUGAGCUCUAGAGAUCCUCACUGUGGAUGGUGUGUCCUUCACAACACUUGUUCUCGUCGUGAUCGCUGUGAGAAAGCCGAUGAAUCCCAGAGAUUCGCUUCUAGAGUGGAUCAGUGUGUGGAACUCACCGUCCAACCCAACAACGUCUCCGUCACCAUGACUGAUGUCCAGCUGGUUCUUCAGGCACGGAAUGUUCCUGAUCUUUCCGCAGGAGUGGACUGCUCCUUUGAGGAUUACACAGAGACUGAGGGAACAAUGCAUGGGUCACGAAUCUACUGCCUCUCGCCAUCAGCUAAAGAACUCAUACCCAUCACACACCACCAGAGAGACACUCAAGUGGUGAAGCUGUAUUUGAAAUCGAGGGAAACAGGGCAGAAAUUUGCCAGUGUGGAUUUCACCUUUUACAACUGCAGCAUACACAGAUCGUGUUUGUCAUGUGUGAAUGGCUCGUUCCCGUGUCACUGGUGUAAAUACCGUCAUUUGUGCACACAGAAUGCCAACGACUGCUCUUUCCAGGAGGGACGAGUCAACAUGUCAGAGGAUUGUCCUCAGAUUUUGCCAUCCACACAGAUCUACAUUCCUGUCGGCGUUCCGAAGCCGAUCACGCUGUCUGCCUGGAAUCUUCCGCAGCCUCAGUCCGGUCAGAGGAACUAUGAGUGCAUCUUCCACAUUCAGGGAGAAAUGCACAGUGUGACAGCGCUCCGAUUUAACAGCUCCAGUAUACAGUGCCAGAAAACUACAUAUAACUAUGAAGGAAGUGACAUCGGCGAUCUUCCUGUUGAUCUGUCUGUGGUGUGGAAUGGAAACUUCAUCAUCGACAACCCGCACAACAUACAAGCUCACCUUUAUAAGUGUAAUGCGUUGAGGGAGAGCUGCGGUUUGUGUCUGAAGUCUGACCCGAGUUUCGAGUGUGGAUGGUGUGUUCAGGACAGGAAGUGCUCUCUCCGACAGGAAUGUGCUCAACCGGAGCACACCUGGAUGCAUGCUACUGCCGGCAACAGCCGCUGCACGCACCCUCGCAUCACCAAGUUGACUCCUGAGACUGGUCCACGACAGGGCGGGACCAGACUCACCAUCACCGGAGAGAAUCUAGGCCUUCAGUUCAAAGACAUCCAGAACGGAGUCCGGAUUGGAAAAGUGGCCUGUCAGCCCAUAGAAGAGGACUACAUCAGUGCUGAACAGAUUGUAUGUCGAUUGGCCGAUGCCACAGGUUAUCGUGUACAGGAAGCUCAGGUUGAAGUGUGUGUUCGAGACUGUCUUCCUGAAUACAGGGCUGUGUCUCCUAAAGCCUUCACAUUUGUGUCUCCAUACUUCACGCGCGUGAUGCCGUCAUAUGGGCCGAUUUCUGGCGGUACGAGAAUCACGAUUCAUGGCAGUCAUCUGAAUGCAGGUAGCGCCAUCUCCAUCAAGAUCGGACUCAAUACUUGCCGCUUUGAGAGACGAAGCGCCCGUGAGAUCGUGUGUGUGACUCCAGCGGGUUUGGGUCCAGGCGGAACUCCCGUGAUGGUGGAUAUAAACGCGGCUGAACUGAGGAACCCGGAAGUGAAGUUUAACUACACAGACGACCCCACUGUACUGAAGAUAGAACCAGACUGGAGCAUCGCCAGUGGUGGAACUCCAUUAACGGUCAUUGGAACAAACCUUGCCACCGUUAGAGAGCCAAAGAUGACAGCCAAAUAUGGCAGCGUCAGAUCAGUGAAUAACUGUACCGUGGUGAAUAACACAGUGAUGGUGUGUCUGGUUCCGUCUGUGGCGAGAUCAGAGAGGGGGUUCUCAGAGGUGGGCAGUGGUCCGGAUGAGAUCGGCUUUAUCAUGGAUAAUGUUCAGACGCUGCUGGUGGUUAAUGAGAGCUUCAGUUUCUAUCCUGACCCUGUGUUUGAACCCCUCAGUCCAUCCAUGCUGGAGCUCAAAUCGGGUUCUCCACUCAUACUGAAGGGCAAGAAUCUCAUUCCUUCAGCAACUGGUAACUACAGGUUGAACUACUCCGUUCUGAUUGGUGACAAACCAUGUGUGUUGACCGUCUCUGAGACUCAACUGCUGUGCGAAUGGCCGAAUCUGACCGGACAACAUAAAGUUACUGUCUUGGCCGGAGGUUUCAGGUAUUCUCCGGGAACUCUACAGAUGUACUCUGACAGCCUCCUGACUCUUCCUGCUAUCAUCGGUAUUGGGGGAGGAGGGGGUCUUCUACUCAUCGUUAUCAUCAUCAUCCUCAUCGCUUACAAACGAAAGUCCCGCGACGCUGACCGAACGCUCAAGCGCUUGCAGUUACAGAUGCACAACCUUGAGUCCAGAGUCGCACUGGAGUGCAAAGAAGCGUUUGCGGAGUUGCAGACUGAUAUCCAUGAGUUGACUCAGGAUCUGGAUGGAGCUGGAAUUCCAUUCCUGGAUUACCGUAUGUACGCAAUGAGAGUUCUGUUCCCUGGAAUUGAGGAUCACCCUGUUCUGAAGGAGAUGGAGGUGCCAGCUAAUGUUGAGAAAGCUCUUACUCUGUUCGGCCAGCUCUUGAAUAAGAAGCACUUUCUGUUGACAUUCAUCCGGACGCUAGAAGCACAGCGCUCGUUUUCCAUGCGUGACCGCGGGAACGUGGCGUCGCUUAUCAUGAGCGCCCUGCAAGGGGAGAUGGAGUACGCCACGGGCGUCCUGAAACAACUGCUUUCUGACCUCAUCGACAAAAACCUGGAAAGCAAGAACCACCCCAAACUCCUGCUCCGUCGGACGGAAUCAGUGGCAGAAAAGAUGCUAACAAACUGGUUUACCUUCCUCCUCUAUAAGUUUCUCAAGGAGUGUGCAGGUGAGCCUCUGUUCAUGCUGUAUUGUGCUAUAAAGCAGCAGAUGGAGAAGGGCCCUAUAGACUCAAUCACCGGCGAGGCCCGAUACUCCCUCAGCGAGGACAAACUGAUCCGACAACAGAUCGACUACAAAACUCUGACGCUCCACUGUGUGAACCCGGAGAAUGAGAAUGCCGCGGAGGUGACCGUUAAAUGCCUGAACUGCGACACCAUCACGCAGGUCAAAGAGAAAAUACUGGACGCUCUUUUUAAAGGCACACCAUACUCACAACGACCCAAAGUUGGAGACAUGGACCUCGAGUGGCGUCAGGGUCGUUUGGCUCGAAUCAUUCUUCAGGAUGAGGACGUCACCACGAAGAUUGACAACGAUUGGAAACGACUCAACACACUGGCACACUAUCAGGUAACAGAUGGGUCAGUGAUCGCAUUAGUCCCCAAGCAAAACUCUGCCUACAACAUCUCCAACUCAUCAACAUUCACCAAAUCCCUCAGCAGAUAUGAGAGUAUGCUGAGAACGGCAAGCAGUCCGGACAGUCUUCGCUCUCGAACGCCCAUGAUCACACCAGACCUGGAGAGCGGAACCAAACUCUGGCACCUGGUGAAAAACCACGAUCACCCAGACCAGCGAGAGGGAGAUCGCGGCAGUAAGAUGGUCUCUGAGAUCUACCUGACACGCCUGCUCGCCACCAAGGGUACACUGCAGAAGUUUGUAGAUGACCUGUUUGAGACUAUCUUCAGUACGGCCCACCGAGGCAGCGCACUUCCUCUCGCCAUUAAGUACAUGUUUGACUUUUUAGACGAACAGGCCGACAGACACUUGAUAUCAGACCCAGACGUCAGACACACCUGGAAGAGCAACUGUUUGCCGUUGAGGUUUUGGGUGAACGUGAUUAAGAAUCCUCAGUUUGUGUUUGAUAUCCAUAAGAACAGUAUUACAGACGCGUGUUUGUCUGUGGUCGCUCAGACAUUCAUGGACUCUUGCUCCACAUCAGAACACAAACUGGGCAAAGACUCACCCUCCAACAAGCUGCUCUACGCAAAAGAUAUCCCCAACUACAAGAACUGGGUGGAGAGGUAUUACUCUGAUAUCUCGCGAAUGCCGGCGAUCAGUGAUCAGGAUAUGAGUGCAUAUCUCGCUGAACAGUCACGCAUGCAUUUAAAUCAGUUCAACCGUAUGAGCGCGCUGCAUGAGAUCUUCUCCUACAUCACUAAAUAUAAGGAUGAGAUCCUGUCUGCGCUGGAGAGAGACGAGCAGUCGCGCAGACAGAGACUGCGCUCUAAACUCGAGCAAGUGAUUGACACGAUGGCUCUAUCCAGCUGAUCGGGACUGUAACAUGCCAAAUGCACACACACAUGGCCUCUACACACUCCCUGCAUCAGACACACACUGUGGUGGACUGUAGCACACUAGAGCGCCCGCAGAGCGGGACUACACACUCAUCAGUGAAUGUAUGUGUGAUUUUUCACAAGGACAAAACCACAACGAUGAAUGUUGGUGGUGUUCAUUUAGAUUUUCUGAUGAUUUGUCGGAGUGACGUAGAUUGCAGUGGAUGUCUUCACAAAUGGACAAAGAUACUAUUUAGUGUUUUGAAGACACAAUGAGGACAUUUAGGACCUCCAUGAAGUCAUGUGACCGUGUCACAAGCCAGUGAUUGCAAGGGAUCAAAGGAUACUCGAAAUUGAACGCGUAUUUACUAUUGUUUGUUUGUUUUGUUAUUAUUUUGUACAAAUGUUAUGAACUGCCCACUCUCUGCUCUCUUUAACAGUUGUGUUAAUGCUAAUUUUGCACAGUUUACAGAAUCAAGGAGCGACUGGCCGGAUCUCAUGUACAUGUGUGUUCCAUUUACAGUUGCACAAACUUAACAUUAUGUCUGUUUUAUCAUUUAAAUAGGGUAGUGUUGGCAAAGAUGAAUUUGGCAUGGAACAAAAUGAUAAAAACUUCACACACACACACACACACACACAAAAAAAAUGUCCUGUGCCAUGUUUUAUUUGAAUGUUGUUUAAUGCAAAAAAUAUUUAGUUAAGUUAGAAUGUGCGCUGGUUGUUUUAAACAAAUAGCAUGAUGGACUACAUUCAAGAACAAACAUGCCAGAGAAAACAUUUCAAGAGGUUUUAUUGCAAAGCUUUAAUAACAAUUUAAUGAGAGGCCCUCAGGAAGAAAUCUCGAUUUCAGAAACCAAACUUGGCAUGGACAUCUUGAGAUUCACCCACCCUUAGGCUUAUCUUUUAGAAGAAAAGAAAAAAAACCUGUUUUUUUUAGACCGAUCCACAAUAAACAAGUUAAAUAAAGGAGAGUGAAUAGUUUGAGAUCUGUGAGUCAGUAUUUCUGAGGGAGGAAACAACUAAUUCAUCAUGACUUCAGCCUGCAUGAGCAGAAACGAGAAAUAGAGGCUUUUCUCGUUAAUGAGACGAUCCUAAGCAGUCCUGCUUGUAUGUGUUGGAUGUAAGUCAUCAUGAUCUAUCUCUCAGGAUUCAUUGAACAGUCUUAAGAGGAGACAUUAUGUUUGGACUUUUAUGCAUGCCUGGAAUCAGACUGUGAGCCGUUUGUUUCCUCCUGAACCUGAGAAUUGUCAUUAACAAGCGAAUAUUAAAGCAGCACAAAAGUUUAAAUGUUUGAAAAAUGCAAGAAGAGAAAAGUAAAUCAAUCGCUCUUUCUGUAUGUUAUCUUUAUCGCUCUUCCAUGUUUCUGAUGGUUCCCUUCCAAUGUUUUUGACCAGUUGAUCAAACUAAAUAAGUAUUUGAGCACACAUUCAUAUUUCGAAUGUCCCUUUUUUAAACUGUUAUACAUCUAAGCAGGUUUAAUUAAGGUAUAAUUAACAGUCAAAUGGUCAUUAGUGCAAAAUAAACCCCAAAUCAGAGACUUCUUACCAAAUAAUUUUAGAUGAAAUAUUUAUAUUUGAUCUAAAACAUGAUCUUCCUUUUACAAACAUUGGAAAUUUAAAGAUUCACAGCCAGUGCUGUAAUACACAAGAUUGAUUUGGACAUGACUGAAAUUAUAUUAGUAUUCAUGUGUUUUUGGUCAGUGUAAAUGUGGAAAAACUGAUUAUUUACCUUCAAAUCAGUUGGGUUUACCUUAACAUGCUUUUAAACAGAUUAUAAACAACUCAGGAUCUUGCUUUUGCUCUUUUGACGACCACAAAGAUGUGUUUAGGACGCAAAGAACUUGAUAUUCAUGUUUGGGUUUGAUGGAAAGAAAACUUCCCAAGGACUUUCAGUGUUUAUACCCAUCUUAUUGCAUGUAAAACAAAAUUCAGAUUUCACAUUUGUGUUUUAAGUUAUUUAUAUUUUGUUGCUGUUGUUGGGGGUUUUACAGAUUGAAAUGUGUCUAGAACUUGGUGCUGUGGUUGCUUUCAAGUUGGAAAAUUUGUGUUCUCUCUCCUUUUAAACGGUUUCUACACUUUUCAUGAAAUGGAUCUUCUUUAACUUCAGAUAUGUUAAAUAUAUGAAGGUUAACACAAUCGUACCGAGGCAUGGGUACAAAAAUUCAAAUCUAAAUGUAUUAAAAAAAUUGUGAAGUUGCUCCUUCAAACCACAAAAUAGAUUCAGAGAGGAAGCUAGAUGUUUAUUGUGUGAAAACUGAAAUAUCAAAAGACAUUUUAACACGAUUAGAACUCUCAGACUGUCAUAAGUUGGCUGGUUCAUUGUGUAACUAUUUAUUUUUAAUUAUUAUUAUUAUUUUGCAGAUUUAAUACUUGUAAAUAAACACGCAUUAAGGAGAGAUUAAA